AAUCUUAUUUAGGAGAUGCUGAAGGAUUUAAACCUUGGUGAAAUGAAAUACAGUGUACCAGUGCUGGCUGUUUCCUUGGCAUUAGAGGGGAAGGCUAGUCACAGGGAAAUGACAUCCAAGCUUAUCUCUGACCUUUGUGGGACAGUAGUAAGCAAAACUGAUGUGGAAAAAUCAUUUGAUAGGCUGCUUAAAGAACUACCUGAAUUGGUGUUGGAUUCUCCCAAGGCACCACAGUUGGUGGGCCAGUUUAUUGCGAGAGCUGUUGGAGAUGGGAUUCUAAGCAAUACCUACAUAGACGGCUACAAAGGCACUGUGGAUUGUGUCCAAGCUCGAGCUGCUCUGGACCGAGCUACUGUGUUGCUGAGCAUGACGAAGGGUGGAAAGCGUAUAGACAAUGUGUGGGGGUCAGGAGGUGGCCAGCAGUCUGUGAAACACCUUGUUAAAGAGAUUGAUAUGUUGCUGAAAGAGUAUUUGCUCUCCGGAGAUGUGCUGGAAGCUGAACGUUGCCUUCAGGAACUGGAAGUACCCCAUUUUCACCAUGAACUUGUAUAUGAAGCUGUUGUGAUGGUUUUGGAGUCAACUGGAGAAAAGACCUUUAAAAUGAUACUGGAUUUGCUGAAAGCUCUCUGGAAGUCAUCUGUCAUUACUAUGGACCAAAUGAAAAGAGGCUAUGAACGAGUUUACUGUGAAAUCCCAGAUAUUAACUUGGAUGUGCCACACUCCUAUUCUGUGCUUGAGCGGUUUGUAGAGGAAUGCUUUCAGGCUGGAAUAAUCUCCAAACCACUGAGAGACCUCUGUCCUUCAAGGGGCAGAAAGCGUUUUGUGAGCGAAGGAGAUGGAGGUCGUCUGAAGCUUGAAAGCUACUGAAUGUGGAACCAACUGCUGAAGCCUUAAAAGUUUAAAGGGAAAAGAGAGGUCUAUAUAUAUACAGACACGCAUGCUUUUUUGGUGUGUGUAUGUAUAUAUGUAUACACAUAUAUAAUAUACCAAAAUCUUAGACUUGCUUAGCACAGUUCAUAUUUUUUUAAAAGCACAUCUUUUUGGUACAAAUCUUUUUUUUUUUUUUUGAAAUAGUUUUAUAAAUUUCAGAAAAAAUUUGUCUUUGGGCAUAUAGUAGAACAACUGGCCACUCUGCUGUGGUGAUGCCUUCAAAUAAGCUACCUUUGUAAGUGCCAUAUGUUUAUGACCUAAUCAUUCCAUGUUUGCAUCGAUGUCUGACUGCCGCUCUUUCUUUUCAAGGACAGUGUUGUCAUCAUAAAAUUACUGGUUUAUACAAAGCUUUAUAGAGGGGUCAGGUUAAGCUGCUGUGAUCCCAUUUCCAUUGCUGCUGAAGAAAUACUGUGCUUUGGGAGGAAAAAUAACUUUUUUUGUGUUGAAGAGCCCAAGAGAAUGGAGUUGGGUCAUAAGAUUGUCAUCUGUUCCAGGGCAGAACACUGGUUGGUUUUAGCCCCCCCAUGUACCAAACUCAUCUUUUUUUUCUAUGUAACUGGAAAAGUGAAAAGUUCUGAUAAAACAUUAAAGAUAUUUUUUGU